GAGGGAUCCAGUACAAGUGCCGCUAUCGAAGCGUAAGCAUCUCAUAUAUAUAUGUUUCAUUGAAAAAAAAAUUCAGUGACGUUAACCACCUGCAAAAAAAAAAUUUACAAAAAAAAAAUUUUCUAGUGCUUGACCAAAAAAAAAAAAAAACAAAAAUAAAUUACAGUGCAUUUGGAGAAUCAUGGCUUGUAAUAGAGCUACCAAAUCUGGAUUUGCUGCUGAGGCGCAACGUAAAAUUAAUAGUAAAUACAGUGAGGAAUUAGCUCAGGAAUGUUUAGAAUGGAUAAAAACAAUUACGGGAGAAAAUAUCAGUACAAAUGGAGAUAUGGACAAUUUUUACGAAAUCUUAAAGGACGGUGUUCUUCUCUGCAGGCUGGCUAAUAACAUUAAGCCCGAUUCUGUUAAAAAAAUUAACCAGACGACCAUGUCUUUUAAAUGCAUGGAGAAUAUUAAUGCAUUCUUAGAAACGGCACGAGCACUUGGAGUUCCAGCUCAAGAAACAUUUCAAACUGUCGAUCUUUGGGAAAGACAAAAUUUAAAUUCAGUUGUAAUUUGCUUACAAUCCCUUGGCCGAAAGGCUGGAAAUUAUGGUAAGCCCAGUAUUGGACCAAAAGAAGCUGACAAAAAUGUACGCACAUUUUCGGAAGAACAAUUAAGAGCAGGUCAAGGAGUAAUAAGCUUGCAAUACGGUAGUAAUAAGGGCGCAAAUCAAAGUGGGAUCAACUUUGGAAAUACUCGACACAUGUAAAAUGAUAAAAAAAAAAAAAAAAUUUUCGUUUCAU